AUGGUGUCCGUGCCGAGUGACCCCGCGUACUAUGAGGCGGGGCCGAAGCGGAGCUCCAAGUUCCUGACGCACUUUGCCCGCCGGCUGCGCAUCGGCAAGGGCUCGUCGUCGUCGAAGUCGAAGUCGGUGGUGGGCGGCGCCGUGCUGGAGCUGGACUCCGAAGAGGACCGGCUGGUGGUGGGCGACACGGACGAGAUCGUGAUCCUGCGUAACGGGGCGCUCGCCACGGACGAAGCCCUGACCGGCGGCAGUUCCGGGGCCGAGUCGCCCACGGUGGUGCUGGUGGUGCCGGCCGUCAUCGCCCGGCCACCCUUCAAGCGGGGCAACUCGUUCCGCCAGAGCCUCAACUAUCUGCUGAAGCGAUCGACCCGGUCCAAGCCGACGGAACGGUCGUGCACCAGCGACAGCGACGUGGUGCACGAGCUCGACGAGGACAUGGCGAACGCGCGGCACCGGAAGCUCCCGGUGCUGGAUGCGUUCCUGCCGGAGCAGGUGCCGACCAAGCGGCACAGUACCGGCGACAUCUUCAACGAAGACCUGGACGCCGGUGGCACCCGCGGACGGGAGUCGCGCACCGCUGGACGCCACCGGCGCGUACACUCGGACUCGACCAGCUACGGAGCGGCCGGGGCCAAACAUGCCAAGGCCACCGUCGUCACGAUCGCGCCGAUGAUCGGCGGGCCGGGUCAACCCAAAUCCGCCAACAGCGUGGGACUGGGAACGCGGCCCCUGCCGCUGUCCUCCACCAUAGAGCCCCUGAGUGGCGUGGAGCCCUCCGGACAGUCGGAAGCGGUGGCCCACCUCACCGUACUCUCACGCAGCCCUAGUCAUAACACAUCGAAAAGUGAUGCCAAAUCCCUUAAAUCGUUGUCGCCAUCGGCACGAUCGUCCACCAUUCGGAGCUCCAGCCCGCACCCGCUGAAGUCGUUCAGCAGCACCCGUGAUACCGUCGAUAAGCCGGAAAAGCACCAUAAGAAGAAGGAGGGCGGCAUGUCAUGGGAGCAAAAAAAGUUUGCCCAACACUUCGCCCAGGUACCGGACGACGAGGUGGUGCUCGACUACUUUUCCUGCGCCCUCGUCGGCGACAUCCUUCUUCAGGGCUACCUGUACAUCACGCAGAACUACUUCGCCUUCUACUCGAACGUGUUUGGUUACGUGACCAAGCUACUCAUACCAACCAUCUCGGUGCUGGACAUUUCGCGCGAAAAGACGGCCUACAUGUUUCCGAACGCGGUCGGCGUGAAAACGCGGGACGAUCGGCACGUGUUCGGUAGCUUUUUGAGUCGCGAGGCGGCCUUCUACCUGAUGUGCAGCGUCUGGGAGCGGGCCACUUCGCCGCAGAGUGAUUCGUUUAGCGUCAUCCAGCAUUCGCGGCUUUCGGCACCGCUGCACGCUGAAGGGUCAGAAGGUUCGCUCGAUGAGGACAGCAGUUGCUACGACGGCAACGAGAGCCUGUUUCACGAAAAGGACGACAUACCGGAUCUGCUCGAUUCGGGCGAUUCGAACGGCCAUCAGCUCAAUGCAACCGAAGGUGGCACUAAUCAGUCGUCCGAUGAUUCCAUCACGAGACAAAAACAGAAGAAAAUUAAAAAGGAACUGCUCCUGAAAUCGCCGGCAAUCGUCAAAAGCCCCGUGAUCCUCAAGGUGGCAACCGGUCCCGGUGGAUUGGAGAGUCUCAAGGCGGAUAAGGGCUUACCGACGCUCAGUAGCGCACUGGCCGCUGGGCUCACCGGUGAUCGCGGUGCUUCCGGCGAUCAAACGUUGUCCGGUGGCGGUGGUGUGGCCGGUAGCAGCAGCAAAAGUAGAAGUAGAUUUUCUAUGAUAAAACAAAAGCUCCAGCACAUCCUUCCCUCCGAUUUUGGUAUUAUACACAUAGGCAUAAUAUUGACCGUCAUCCUGGCGCUGUUUUCCUGCUUUCUGGCGUACAAGAUAAACACGCUGCAGGCACGCCUCUCAGCGCCCCGCAUCCGACUGGGCGAUGAUACGGACUUCUAUCUCGACGUGCUGCGGUGGCAGAAGCGUCUGCAUAGCAAAAGCAAAGAGGAAGCCCAGCUCGUGUUAAACUCUAACCUGGAGCAGAUCGUCCGGGUGCGCAAGAGUUUGGAAACGCUCUCGCUACUGCUCCAGGACACACCGUCGGUGGUGGACGCGGGCAGCGGAGUCCUCGGAGAGUUCGGUACUACGACCGAUGCCGAUGGUGCGCCCAGUGAUGCCACCACCGCCGGAAGCAUUCUGGCCACGGCAGCCGGCAGCAUACUGGAUGACGAUAGCAUAAAUCAAUACUUCCACGAAGAUGCCACAUAGCAAGCUUUAAUCGAGGGAGACCGCCGCUACUGGGCACAUUGCGACGAACAUCGACAUCGGAUGGCCACCGAGCAGGGGCGGCAGCGUCGGCGGAGAGAGAUAAAACAUGAGACAAACGCGUGGUUCAGCACCCGCGGUGAAGUGAUCGGUGGCCUGUGUGAUUUUGUGUAAAGAGAAAGAGAGAACGAGAGAGAUUAGCAUAUAAGCGUUUCGGUUAAACGUUAAUUUAUUUUCUACGCGAGGAUUAGUUUCGUAAGCUAUCGUACGCGGGGAACAGCGGCAACAGUCAGAUCCAACGUGGACGAAGAAAGUGUAACGGAAGACUUGUGGCUCCACCACGCACGCUUGGUUCGUAAAGGGCUAGAUUCUAAAUUCCGCCUGCACAGCGUACGGUUUUUGGGGAACCCGAAUUUUUUUCGCGGGAAGCUAUGUCACUUAAAGUUUCAAACAGGCACAGCGAUCGUGGUCGUGUGCGUGUGCGAGGUGGUUUCUUUCGAUGCAUUUACUACCGGACCGACGAUAGAAUUUGUUAAUGUUUUUUUUUUAAGUUAGUUGAGCAUAACUAUUUGACACAGAGAACAAAACGAUUCGGGACUACUCCAGAACUCCGCCAGACAACUCCGAAAACACCAACCGGCGAGAGCACACACGGGUUUGGAAGGAGAUCCUUAAGUAUAUCAUGCUUUAGACAGACAAGCUGUAGUUCCUCGACGAAGGAAGCGUAGAACUAGGGUCAAUCAGUUGGGUUGCGUGCCCCACUGGUGACCGAGGCGACCGAUACCGGCUCAUUUUGAACGAUGCCUUUCUUUUACAUUGCCGUGCGCGUAUUACGUAGAAACUGGGUACACAAAUUCAACCCUCAACCAACCAAUAGUAACGGCCUUUUGUAGCAGCAGCAGCAGCAGCACGGGGAGCUUUUUGGCUUUUUUAUCGUAUUACAUCCUACCGAACCAGCGUCAAUUGCUAUUGCUACCGUUUCUUACAAUACCGGGCCGGGGUGUUCCAUCAAUUAUCAUCCAUUGUGCCAUACGCCACCACCAUCGUGACACGAACUGCAGGCGCACAAUGUUCAACCGGAACCAAUACCAACUGGCUGGGGAAGAACGAUUCUACACAAAAACACAGCGCGCUUCUCUCCUGCUGUUCCCGGUUUCGUAACAUUAUCCCCUUAAGAUCAACACUGAACUUGGACGCGAUGAAUGGGUGUGAUUUUGUGCAAUAUGAUUGCACAAACGAGUGUGUGUGGCUUCAAGGCACUGAACUGGGAAGCGCGUCGCGCACAUGCUACGUGCGCGGAAAGGAAUUGGAAGCAAAGCUUCAAACAAAGAGAAACCAUUGCAUCACGAACGGCUCCAUUUGGGGACAUGCUUUAAAAAGUUCGGUGCGGUGCUGCGCAGACAGGCCCUAGGAUAGUCGCACCAUAACACUGCUCCUUUUGUACUCGGUUUGGGGUAAAUGGUAAAUUUAUGCGUACGACGAUCGGGGAAAAAGACCAUCCCGUGGCGAAAAGACGGACGGACUUAAUUUCGGCAAGUGAUCAACUGAAGCGCGAAAAGCAUUGUAAACACGUAAUACAGCUGACUGUGAUAUGUAUGCAAAAUACAUGAGGAAAUCGCCAAGACCCCGAAAGGGGCAGAAGGCUUGCCAGGAAGCGCCGCCGCACCCCCGUGACUUCGAACUACAAGCAAUGGUCGGGCGCGAGAUGCAAAAACAGAAACAAUGGAAUGCGGGAUAACCCUGUGCACAGAUUGGUGUGUGUGUGAUUUAGGUUUAUCGGUUUUGAACGUUUUUUGUCUGUUAUUUUGAUUUUCGUUCAUAUGGUGAAGAAACAGAAACCCCAAACGCUUGUUUCCAGAAGACUUUCGUUGGCUAGGGACAUAGGGAAAUGCAUCUAUUUUCAUGAACCGGGGAAACGUUAUGACGUAGGAUAAAAACAAAGACAUA